GAGUGUAUAGGCCAUAGCUGGCGAUCUUUGGCGAGACGCGCGGGUGUCGGCAGUUGGGUGGCUCCAGGCCUGAAGCGAUUUCUUUUCGUCAGAGGCGGGCAAUCACUAGGAGGGGGACUAGUGUGUCCAGUCGACGGUAUUGGCCAUAUCGGCUGGCAGCACGUAGGGUCCCCGGAGGAGCACUGGAAUGGAAUGGGUCACUGGCACUGUAUCUCUACAUCACGUUCUCAGUGUCUGUUGCUAGAUUCAUGAGUGGGGGACUAUCUUCACUGCUUGAUUGGGGAUAUCAUCUCGUGGGCGACUCGGACAAGCUUGCCUUUGGAUUCUCUUCGUUUCAUACGGGACGGGUGGGUGGCGUUGCUGGUGCUGCUGCUGGUUGCUUGUUUGGGCUAAGCGCGAAUUUGUAGGAGGAGGAGGAAGGGGUGGAGUGGGUAUGGAUGAUGACUGCGGCGUGUGGACAACCCUCCAAGCAGUGGCAGUUCGGGGCGGUUGCACCCACUGCUGCCACUGCUACAGGAACGGCGGCGCAGGAGCUGUCUGGUGGUGAGAUUCUGGACGGGGAUUGCGAGGUGCCGACGUGCUUGUCUCUAGGGGUAUCGAGUGGGAAGGGGGAUUCGAGCACGGAGUCGACACGGCGAAAGGGUGGGGUUAUGGGUCGCGGUAAAAUUGAGAUUAAGAAGAUUGAGAAUACCACAAGCAGGCAGGUGACAUUCUCCAAGAGGCGUGGAGGUCUAUUGAAGAAGGCACACGAACUUGCGGUUCUGUGCGAUGCCGAGGUGGCGCUGGUUAUUUUCUCCAGCACUGGAAAGCUCUUCGAGUAUGCCAGCUCGGGCAGCAUGCGAGACAUCAUCGAGCGCUAUAAGAAGAGCCCGAAUGGCGCAAUGAAGUCUGGCGCCAGCACUGAUUUCCUGGGUCGCGAGGUCGUGAAGUUACAGGAGCAAGUGGAGCGGUUGAAAAGCUCUCAAAGGCGCAUGCUUGGCGAGGAUCUUUCUGCGCUUAAGGUGCCUGACCUGUUGCAGUUGGAACAGCAACUCGAUCUGGGUGCAUCAAGAGUGAGAGCAAGAAAGAAUCAACUCAUUCUGGAAGAGAUCGAGGGAUUGCAGAAAAAGGAACAGGAACUGAUGGUUGCAAAUGAGGAUCUUCGCAAGAAGAUUGCAGAUGCAGAAGCAGUAGCCCGAGCUAAUCUAUCCGAGGCUCGGCCCGAGAGCCCUAGACAUUUGGCUAGAACUCUUUCACGAGACGUGAGUGCGAGUUCGCAUCCGGCAGCAACUGUGUACCCUCAUCCUAACCUUCGAGACGUGCAAAGAUCACAGACGUCGUUACAGCUGGGCAUGUUCUCUUCUGAGUCAUAUCCCCCAAGCUCUAGCAGAUGGCCAUCUGAGCAACAGUUCCCCUCUGCCUCCGAAGGCUGUGCAGGUGAAUCUUCCAUGAAAUGGGACCAUCCGCACUAUCACAUUCAGAAUAGACUCCAUGCAAACAUUUUACCAAGUGUGAGAAUUUAAAAAGUUACAUUUCGAUCGGAUCACAAGGGUUUGUAUUGCUGUUUGCAAUGUGUCCAGAGGAAGGGGGUGUUGCUCCCCCCUUCUUCCCAAAUGUCUCCCACUUAAGCUAAGCGAUAUCUGCGUUAAGCUUGGAUCAGGGACAAGUCGUUUAUUAGGCACUCCACACUACGCAGAGACACGGGAGCUUCUCGGAUGGUUCAGAACACACGGAUUAUGUAUGAAGGCCGAUUGCGAUGAAAUCAGUCUCGACGUCAGAAUAGGAUCGAAGUAGUCUUAAAUGCUCAGAAUUCUGCAACACUAAAAGGUUCUAGGCAUUUUGAAAAUAUUAGUAUGCAAGUACUCAAUAUCAAGUUCUGAUUCUCCUCCCCAGGUUGAAAUUCUGCGUGUGCUUGCGUGCGUGCGUAGACUAGAAAAAUGGUAUCCGUUCCAGGUAGCUGGGAUAGGGUAGAACUACUCUUGGAAAUGUGAAGGUUUGAGAGCUACAGGCACCCCACUCCAAGGACGAGUGGCUCUGUGGACGUGGCAACAUGUACCCAGACAAUGACCAGGCACAUGUAGUGUCAUAAAACAUGAACAGAAACUAAGCGCUUCUGGGCUCCGCUUGUUGUGGCUCACAAUGCUCAUGGUGGUUUCCGAGGCAUCCACAUCGGCGUCUGCCGAAGUGGCCCGUCGCGCAACUCCAGGACCACUUGAGUGCAACUACUGAAACUCAUUCGUCCCUUUUGGGAAAAAGGUCACGGAUAUCUCCAUAGCAUUUUGGCAAAAUUCAGAACAUGGGUCAGGUAGUGGGGUGAGAGAAUGUUCCAAGGUUGCUUCAAAAUUUUGUGAUGUUUGGAAUACUGAAUGGAAGAUUGAUACCAAAUGGUUAACAACUUAGAUCCCAAAUA